AUGUCUGUUUUCCCCACGAGGCCUAUCGCCAAACUCACCGGCCAUAAUGGCAUCGUACACGCUGUCGCAUACUCCUCCGGUUCGCAGUCAUACAUCCUGACCGGCUCAUCUGACCGGACGAUUCGACUCUUCAACCCCCAGAAAGCCCCCACGUCCUCCGUCGCGCCGACUGCGUCUAACGCCUACCCGCCCGGUCUUGUGAACAAGUACAGCGCGCACGGCUACGAAGUCCUCUCUAUCGACGUCAACACAGACAACGACAAGUUCGUGUCCACUGGCGGCGACAAGACUGUCUUUGUCUGGGAUGUGCAGACUGCGCAAACCGUCAGACGCUUCACCGGACACUCUGGGCGCGUCAAUCGCGGUGUUUUUGGUGGAGAUGGAGACAGCAUUAUUGCGACGGGAAGCUUCGACGGCACUGUUAGGGUCUGGGACAUCAAGUCCAACUCGUACAAGCCGAUCAUGACGCUCGAUGAUGCCAAGGACAGCAUUACAGAUGUUGCCGUUCACGACGCAGAGAUACUGGCUGCAAGUGUCGAUGGGAGGGUGAGAAGCUACGAUCUCAGGACCGGCAUGUGUCAAGCCGAUGUCAUUGGGUUCCCCUGCACGAGCUUGGACGUCUCGAAGAAGGGUACAGAGAUGCUGGUCAGCUCGCUUGACUCGACAGUCAGGCUCAUGGACCGCACAAACGGGGAGCUUUUGAAAGCCUACAAGGACGAGGCAUUCGUCAACAAGGACCUCAGAGUGAGAAGCACGCUGGGCUUGAACGACAGCGUUGUCUUGAGCGGCAGUGAUGAUGGGAUGGUUUUUGCGUGGGAUAUCAUGGGAGAAGAAUGCAUGCAUCGCUUCAAACACUCUGAGAUGCGCGAGGUGCAGGGCAAAAUGCCGGCAGUGCAGCCUGCUAGCAAGAAGGAUAUUGUUUCGGCUGUAACAUUUUGCAAGACAAGAAGGGAAUGGGUCAGCGGAGGAGGUGAUGGCAAUGUCAUUGUCUGGGGUGUGUGA